CCCUUUAAACUCCUCUCUGUCUAGUGUGGCGCUCUCCCGGCUGCCCUCACAGCUCACAAGAAUGGAAACAAAGGAUGUAGAAGACGAGCUAACAUGGAGCAGAGAAACAAUCCCAAGAGUCAUGAAGAUAGUCAGCACGAGACUCCCUCAAAGAGACCUUGUGUCUCUUCUGCUUGUUAGCCCUUGGCUCCACCGCACUCUCAUCUCUUAUCUCUCUCUCUGGCUGGUUCUUGAUUUUCGUGAGAUGAAUAAGGCUGGAGAUAGACUUAUAAGGGCUCUUUCACUGUCAAGAUACCAGCAUGUGAAGCAGAUUAACCUUGAAUUUGCACAAGAUAUUGAAGACAGACAUCUUGAAGUCCUUCAAAACAAGUCUAUCAUUUCUCUUCAAAGCUUGGAGUCGUUAAAUUUGAAUGGCUGCCAGAAGAUCUCUGACAAGGGAAUAGAAGCUAUAACCAGUGCUUGUCCAAAACUGAAGGUCUUCUCUAUUUAUUGGAAUGUGAGGGUGACAGAUGUUGGUAUAAAUCAUUUGGUGGAGAAUGGCAAACAUGUAGUUGAUUUGAACUUGAGUGGCUGUAAGAAUAUAUCAGACAAAAGUUUGCAAUUAGUUGCUGACAACUAUCAAGACUUAGAGUCAUUGAAUCUGACUAGGUGCAUCAAGCUAACAGAUGGUGGUUUGCAACAAAUAUUGGUCAAGUGCUCCUCUCUCCAGAGUUUAAAUCUUUAUGCCCUUUCCACCUUCACUGACAAAGCUUACAAGAAAAUAUCAAAUCUAGCCCAUCUACAAUUUUUAGAUUUAUGUGGUGCCCAGAAUCUCUCUGAUGACGGACUUUCUUGUAUAGCUAAAUGCAAAAAUCUUGUCUCACUAAAUUUGACAUGGUGUGUUCAAGUCACUGAUGUGGGGGUUAUAGCAAUUGCUGAAGGUUGCACCUCUCUUGAGUUUCUUAGCUUGUUUGGAAUUGUUGGUGUGACUGACAAGUGCCUGGAGGCACUUUCAAAGUUCUGCUCAACUACAAUUACAACCCUUGAUGUAAAUGGAUGCAUUGGCAUAAAGUUUGUGGAGUACAAAUUUUUCUUGCAGAAACGGAGCCGGGAAGAAUUGCUUCAGUUGUUUCCUCAUCUGAAGUGUUUCAAAGUACACAGCUGAUACUCUGGAAAUUUGCAUGUGGCUAUAUCCUCACAUAAAGGAUUCCUAUGAUCUAUUGAGGUAGCAUUUUGUGCUCUAAUUUUAUAUCAAAAUUCCCACUCAUAGUUGGCCCCACCAAUGGACCCCUAAGUGUUGCCCACCUGUUUGUGGUGGAUGGUGUCACUCUGUAGUAAUGUCAGUACCUGAUCUUGCUCCUGAGGAUGUAAAUCUUGUUUCCUUUAUUCUUGUGCUAGUGAAUUGCUCUUGUAAAACCACGUUAAGCUUCAGGUUGCCCUGGUUAUGUGCGUCAUCAUAGUAAAACAUAUUAUAUUAGUUAAUGCUAUUGAAGACUAUUUGAACAA